AUGCACGCAUUCCUUAUCAUCCGGAGGCACCACCAUCAACGGGAAGCCCAGGAAUGUGGGCAAUCUCAGCUCUCCAGGUCUCGUGAAGAGAACGGCCUCCUGAAACAUGCAGCCGGGAGAACCCUACUGUCACUAUCCUACACUCAGGAGGCUGACCCAGCUUUUGAGCACCUGCGCGUUACGUUACAUUACUUCAAGGACAGCAGGAAGAUGAAGAAGCUCAAGGACCCCCACCUGCGGGUCCAGCUGCUGAAGCACACAAAACGUGUCAUUGUGCAUACCCUCUGUGUGUUGCCCAAGACUCAGCAUGACUUCAGCUCCUUCGUGGUCGACACGUGGUUCCAGACGGAAACGAUGCUCUGCUUCUCCGUCAGUGGGGUGUUCAAGGAAGUGGAAGGAAGUUCUCAGGGCUGUGUGCGUGCCUUCACCCGGACCUUCAUCGCUACCCCUGCCAGCUACUCCAGUCUUUGCAUCGUGAAUGAUGAGCUGUUUGUGAGUGACUCCAACCCCAAGAAGACUGAGUUUGUGUUCUUCAUCCCAAAGCCUACAUCCUGUGCUAGCUCCAUUCCCACCCUCUCCAUGGAGCGGCAGGAAAUGGUGCAGGCUUUGUCCACCUGGUCUGGGAUGAACCUCCAGGAUUCUCAGAAGUGA